AUGUCGGAAAUGUCAGAGCUGUCGGAGCUGUAUGAGGAGAGCAGUGACCUGCAGAUGGAUGUGAUGCCCGGCGAGAGUGACCUUCCGCAGAUGGAGGUAGGCGGCGGAGGCCGGGAGCCAUCCCUGAGCCCCUCCCGCGGUGGGGCCCCGCCACAGCUCGAGGAGGAAGGCCCGAUGGAGGAGGAGGAGGAGGCUCUGCUGCCCAUGGCGGGGGCGGGGGGCCUCGCUCACGGGCCCGGCCGCGGGGAGCAGCCAGGCCAGAUCGCGGCCCCCGACUUCGAGAGCGAGGACGAGGGAGAGGAGUUUGAUGACUGGGAAGACGACUACGACUAUCCCGAAGAGGAGCAGCUCAGCGGGGCGGGCUACAGAGUCUCCGCGGCCCUGGAAGAAGCCAACAAGAUGUUUCUGAGAACAUCCAGAGCCCGAGAAGCAGCGCUGGAUGGCGGCUUUCAGAUGCAUUAUGAGAAGACCCCGUUCGAUCAGUUAGCUUUUAUCGAAGAGCUCUUUUCACUUAUGGUGGUCAAUCGUCUGACCGAAGAACUCGGCUGUGAUGAGAUAAUUGACAGAGAGUAG